AUGCGACUCUUACACUACACAGGUGGCGGCGAGCUUGCCUGGACAAAGGACUUGAUCGGUGACGAUAAGAUCCCGUCCUACGCGAUACUCUCUCAUACCUGGGACGAGGGCCAAGAAGUAACCUUCGACGAUCUGAUGAAGAACAGCGGAAAGAGUAAGACAGGAUACAACAAGAUCCAUUUUUGUGCAUCACAGGCCAAGCGCGAUGGUCUAGACUACUUCUGGAUAGACACGUGCUGCAUCGACAAGUCGAACAAUGCAGAACUUUCGGAAGCGAUCAUUUCCAUGUUUCGCUGGUACAAGAACGCAGAGAGGUGCUACGUGUAUCUUUCUGAUGUCUCUAGCAAGCCUCCCGGAGAAGGUAGCGAUGCGCACAGGAAGCGGAAACCUGUGAUUAGGAAGAGCAGGUGGUUUACGAGAGGCUGGACACUUCAAGAGCUUAUCGCUCCAGCAUCCGUUGAGUUUUUCUCCAAGGAAGGAGAGCGGCUUGGUGACAAAGAAUCCCUGAAGCAGACUCUUCAUGAGAUCACUGGCAUCACCAUGCGAGCGCUUGAAGGCAGUCCAAUGACUUGCUUUACUGUGGACGAACGGAUGCAGUGGGCACAAGGACGCAACACAAAGUGCGAGGAGGACGAGGCGUACUCUCUUCUGGGCAUCUUCGACGUCCAGAUGCCGCUUCUGUAUGGCGAGAAGCGGGAGAAGGCCUGGCACCGGUUGCGACGAGAGAUUCGAGAGCAUCACUCGAUUGACUUGCCUGUUGUAACAGGCGCUUCUUUCGAUUCGCAUAACGAGGAACACAACGCACGAUGCCUGCCCAACACCCGCACUGAGCUGCUGGACGCAAUCACAACAUGGGCGAAUAACACGAGUGGCAAACCCAUAUUCUGGCUGAGCGGGAUGGCCGGCACAGGGAAGUCUACGAUUGCGCGGACGGUCGCUGAGUCGUUUUUCAGCCGCGGUCAGCUAGGAGCAAGCUUCUUCUUCAAGAGAGGUGAAGGCGAGCGCGGCAACGCUUCGCGUUUCUUCACUACCAUCGCUACCGACUUAGUGGUGCACGAGCCAGGCAUGCUAGCUGGGAUUAAGAAGGCGCUUAAUGAGGACUCGGCCAUCUCACAGCGAGCUUUGAAAGACCAGUUUGAGAAGCUGGUGUUGCAGCCACUCCUCAGCAUACGGCAGGCUCGUUCGCACGGCUUAGCGCGUGUUAUUGUGAUAGACGCGCUGGACGAAUGCGAGCGAGAGGAAGACAUUCGAGCCAUUCUCCAGCUCCUUGCUAAGACAAAGCACGUCCAGCCAGUGCCGUUACGGAUCGUGGUAACUAGCCGGCCCGAGCUCCACAUUCGCCUUGGCUUUCAGGCGAUGCCAAACGGCACAUACCAAGACCUCGUCCUCCACGAAGUACCAAGGAACACGAUCGAACACGACAUCCGUCUGUUCCUAGAGCAUGAGCUUGGUGUGAUACGAAAAGAACGCAUGUUAGCCUCAGACUGGCCAGCGCAACACCAGAUCCUGGCGUUGGUCGAGCUAGCUGUGCCGCUGUUCAUCUACGCUGCCACCGUGUGUCGGUAUGUUGGUAGCAAAGGAAGCAGUCCUACAGCUUUUCUGAACAAGGUUUUGCAGUAUCAAAAAGCGACCUUUUCGCAGCUAGAUCGGACGUACCUCCCUGUGCUCGACCAGCUGCUUUGUGAGCAGGAGGAAGACGAGAAGGAAACGUGGCUUCAGGCUUUCCGAGAAGUGGUCGGCAGUGUUGUUGUUCUCGAAAGCCCGCUCUCUACUGUCUCACUUGCCCGGCUGCUUCAAGUUCCAAGAGAGGAGAUCCAGUGCCGACUUGACUCUUUGCACUCUGUUCUUAGUGUUCCUGACAGCGAGGAUGCGCCUGUUCGUCUUUUGCACUUGUCCUUUCGCGAGUUCCUCGUCGACCCCCAGAAACAGGGAAAGAGCCCGUUCUGGGUGGACGAGAAAAGCACGCACAAGAAGCUCGCCUUUAAUUGCCUUAAGCUUAUGUCUGGACCAAGCGGCCUACACCAAGAUAUGUGUAGCCUUCCAGGACCCGGGACCCUAAGAAGCGAGAUUGACGAGGGGAGAAUCACUAGUAGUUUGUCACCUGACCUGCAGUACGCGUGUCGUUACUGGGUCGAUCAUCUCAAGCAGGGUCAGCAAGAUAUCCUCGAUAGAGACACGACCUACCUCUUUCUACAGCAGCACCUUCUUCAUUGGCUCGAGGCCAUGAGCCUUAUAAGAGAAUCCAGCAGAUGCGUCGACUUGCUCGACAGCCUUCAGGCACUUGCCGGCCCAUCUGCAAAGCUAGUUUCAGGCUUUCUUUACGAUGCUAAGCGGUUCGUGCUGCGGUUCCAAUCUGUGCUUACAGAUGCGCCACUGCAAAUCUAUUACUCCGCGCUAGUGUUCGCACCAGAGAGGAGCCUAACACGAAAAACUUUUGUAGAUCAAGUGCCAGAAAGGGUCAAGAUGCUGUCUACGAAAGAAACAGAUUGGGACGAGUGUCGCAGCACGCUCGAGGGUCAUUCUAAGUAUGUCAACGCGGUGGCCUUCUCGCCAGAUGGGCAGCUGGUCGCGUCGGCAUCUAGCGACAAGACAGUACGGCUGUGGGAGGCGGCGACAGGGACGUGUCGCAGCACGCUCGAGGGCCAUUCCCACCAUGUCACGGCGGUGGCCUUCUCGCCAGACGGGCAGCUGGUCGCGUCGGCAUCUAGCGACAAGACAGUACGGCUGUGGGAGGCGGCGACAGGGAUGUGUCGCAGCACGCUCGAGGGCCAUUCCGACCAUGUCACGGCGGUGACCUUCUCGCCAGACGGGCAGCUGGUCACGUCGGCAUCUGGCGACAAGACAGUACGGCUGUGGGAGGCGGCGACAGGGACGUGUCGCAGCACGCUCGAGGGCCAUUCUUCUGUUGUCAACGUGGUGACCUUCUCGCCAGAUGGGCAGCUUGUCGCGUCGGCAUCUGGCGACAAGACAGUACGGCUGUGGGUGGCGGCGACAGGGACGUGUCGCAGCACGCUCGAGGGCCAUUCUGACGAUGUCACGGCGAUGGCCUUCUCGCCAGACGGGCAGCUGGUCGCGUCGGCAUCUAGCGACAAGACAGUACGGCUGUGGGAGGCGGCGACAGGGACGUGUCGCAGCACGCUCGAGGGCCAUUCUGAGUAUGUCAACGCGGUGGCCUUCUCGCCAGACGGGCAGCUGGUCGCGUCGGCAUCUUACGAUAGCACUGUACGGCUGUGGGAGGCGACGACAGGGAUGUGUCGCAGCACGCUCGAGGGCCAUUCCAGAGAAGUUAGGGUGGUGGCCUUCUCGCCAGACGGGCAGCUGGUCGCGUCGGCAUCUUACGAUAGCACAGUGCGGCUGUGGGAGGCGACGGCAGGGACGUGUCGCAGCACGCUCGAGGGCCAUUCUUCUGUUGUCAACGCGGUGGCCUUCUCGCCAGACGGGCAGCUGGUCGCAUCAGCAUCUGGCGACAAGACAGUGCGGCUGUGGGUGGCAGCGACGAGGACGUGUCGCAGCACACUCGAGAGCCAUUCUGACGAUGUCACGGCGGUGGCCGUCUCGCCAGACAGGCAGCUGGUCGCGUCGGCAUCUGGCGACAAGAUAGUGCGGCUGUGGGAGGCGGCGACAGGGACGUGUCGCAGCACGCUCGAGGGCCAUUCCUACUAUGUCUGGGCGUUAGCUUUCUCGCCAGACGGGCAGCUGGUCGCAUCAGCAUCUGGCGACAAGACAGUAUGGCUGUGGGAGGCGGCGACAGGGACGUGUCGCAGCAAGUUCGAAAGCCCUUCUGGGUACAUCACUUAUAUUGAUUUCUCGCCAGAUGGCCAGGUACUUCACACGGAUAAAGGCGAUAUUCCUUUGCCUCAAACCCCUUGUGUCACAUCGCUCUUAAGGCCGCAGCAGCAGUCUUUCUACGUUGUAGUACAGGAUCAGUGGAUAUUGUGCAACCAGCUACGUGCUCUGUGGCUUCCGCCAGAGUAUCGAGCAAGGUCGACCGCUGUACGCGAGGACAUAGCUUGUCUGGGGCUUGUAUCUGGUCGUGUGGUUCUGCUAAAAAUUCUUUAGCGCCAUGCAUCAAUCAUCAGCUUUUACGAUAGGUACAGCUUAGAAUUUACAGGAUGCGAUGAAUGUUUGUUCAAUAUUGUAACGGGGUGAGGAGAGGAGGACUGCGUUGCAUUGUGUAGCUAUGGAGGAACUGCAGCUAUAUAGGUGUGUGUGAUGAUAAAGUGUGGUAGCGAUAGCCGUACCUAGCUCUCACUCAAGUGGAUCUUGGCAAGGCCUAAACCGUUACAAAUAUAACUAUAAGUCAUGCUG